UUCAAGUCCGUUACGAUCGUGAAAUUUGUUUAUAAAUAUCAAAGGAAAUGAAGAGCUUAGCUCUCUUGCACCAUUUCCUUUUCAACGAACGAAAUCAAGAUACAAAGGAACAAAUUAAAGGAUUUGCAUUUCUUGAUAUAUGGAUGAUGAUGAUGCGCAAGAAACAAGUUAUCUCAGAGAAUUACCAGUUGGGUACAGAUUUUUGCCAACAGAUGAAGAACUGGUGACUCAUUAUUUGAUAAACAAAGUUUUAAACAGACCUCUUCCUGCACAAAUAAUUCAAGAUACUGAAGCCAGUCGCCUUUAUAGCAAGCCUCCCAGUAGCCUUGUGACCUUUUCAUGUGGGGAAAGAAAUUGGUAUUUCUUUAUUCAUGAAGAUUUUGCUGGAGGAAGUGAAGGAAUUAGAAUUGUUGGAGGUGGAAUAGGGUUUUGGAAAGCAAAUGGACAAGAAAAACCCAUUUGUAACUCAGAUGGAACUGUUUUUGCAUUCAAAUUCCAUUUUACUUAUUUCUCUGGAAAAUUUCCAAAUGCCAAGAAAACACAUUGGAAGAUGGAUGAGUAUAGAUUGCCAACUGAAUUUUACACUGCUCAUAAUUUCAAGGGAGAAGAAUGGGUACUUGGAAGACUUCAAAGAGGAAUGGACUACAAUAAUUGUUAUUAGUUUUUUCAAAUUCUUCUUUAUUUAUUCAUUUUUUGGUGCAAAUAAUGAAGAUUUGAUAAUGUCAUCUCAUCUAUGUUUUGCUCAAUUUAUUACAUAGUCAAGACAUAGAAACUAUAGAGAAGUAAAGGGAAAAAAAAAGGGUUUUGUUUUGUUUUUUCUUUGUUUAUAGUAGUACUUUUCUUUUACUAUAUCAAUUAAAAUUCAUUUAUUCAUUUA